AUGAAGGCUUCCGGGCAUUCAGAAGCUGGUGGCCAGCGCUGCGAGGGAGACCGACGAGGCGCACUCGGAGGCUCUCCGCACGAGGAAGCUAGCUCGCAGGGCCUUCAAAAACGCCUUGUCUGGGGCUCUCAAGGAGGCAGAGGAGCAAGGCAAGAACUUGAUCACCGAGCCACUCAUGGCUUCUCUGGAGGCAGUGCGGGGUCCCCGUGCGAUCGUGACGCCCUGGUCGAGUCACGCAGCGCAUCCGCCUGGUCUGUAUUGCCAGAAGGUUUGUGA